ACUUUUGUCAGUGGCAUAUGCGCAAACCGCGCGAUGCCAAAAUAAAAAAAUAAACAAACUGACAUAAACUCACAAACGAUUAGGUUUCCUACUUCAGUGCAAACGAUAAAAAAUAAACAUCAAGAAAAAAAUUAACAGUUAAUUUUAUUACAGUUUUAUGUAACAAUAUAAAAAGAUAUAUAUAAAAUGCACAGUGACCAUGAAGAAAAUUACAAAUUUGCUGCAUGCACGUUUUUCGCUAAGAGUCACCCUGGUGAAACUUGUGGAAGUAAUGGACUGCCCCUUACUCCCAGUUCUAUAUCAAUCUUAGGACGUGCACAAAGACUGCUGUCCAUAGAACACCCAAAUUUGUGCACUUACUUGGACAUAAUACGUGGAAAACAUGAGAGAAUAAUAGUUGUGGCUGAAGUUAUAGGAAAGUCAUUAGCUGAUCUCAAAAAAAAGUUAUCCACAGAGGAAAUAAUAAAUGUAGCCAGACAGGUUGCCAAUGGACUGCAAUAUUUGCAUGCAAAUAAUAUUACCCACAGAACACUCUCUGAUGACAAUAUUUUGAUAGAUUUGAAUGGAAAAGUAAAACUAUUCAAUUAUGGUAUAUUUUACAUGACAUAUGGAGGUAGUGAAGUUGCAUUUCCACUUGGUCAACCAAGAUACCUAAGUCCAGAAACAAUAUUGAACAGUGGUGGUCCUACAGCAGACAUUUGGACAUUUGGUGUCAUUUUGUUAGAGUUGUGUAUCGGAAAGCUUUGGGCUAAAUUAAAACCAGGUCCAAUAUUGAGAAGAAUACUUGGCUUGGUGCAUGUUAAUGACCCUGCUAAAAGAAUUGCAAGAGAGCAUAACAGCAUUGAGGAAUAUGAACAAUUACCUAAAUACCUUCAGACCUUAAUAGAAAAAUGCCUCCAAAUUUGCCCUAGUAAAAGAGCGACAAUCACCGAAAUACUCCAGGACUUGUCUAAUGUUGAUACCAAGGAAAUGUGUGCUGUGAAACCGCCGCGAGGAUUGAUGGGCUGUAAAUUACAGUAUCUCUAUCAUUGGUGGCAACUGGCCGGUGGUGAUAUACAAGUUGAGUUGAAGAGAAAUGGUUUGAUCAAAAACAGUCCACCCAUACUGUCUAUACCUGUCGCUAUCCUCCUCGACGGUUGUACUAUAGGCGGUAAAACUGGAGUCCUAUAUGAUCGCCGCAUCGCGAAAUACAGCAUCGAGCUGCUGCAGUCCAGACUCAGUCAUGUAUCAGCCCACGACUACUAUCCGCUCAUGCACGAACGAAAGAAACAAAAUGACGCCGUCACGUUACCGAAAACAAUACGAGAGAGGGAUACGGAAUACCAAUUCUAUAGAUUGCUAUGGUUCCAGAGACUGUUGCAUGGCUAUCCAUAUACAGCUCCAUAUAUAAGAGCAGAAGCAGAAAUCGAUAUCCCACCAUUAGUGCGCGGCGAUGUGUGGGCAGCCCUACUGGGUGUUGUCGGAGAUAUAGAAGAACAGUACGAGAGGAUUGAUAAAGAGACACCCACGCCUACCGACAGACAGAUAGAUGUGGACAUACCGCGUUGUCAUCAGUACUGUUGGUUGCUAUGCGGCUCGGCUGGCCACAGAACGCUCAAGAGGCUCCUCAAGGCGUGGCUACUGACCAACCCUCAAUACGUGUAUUGGCAAGGACUCGAUUCUCUGACGGCACCAUUCAUGUACCUUAACUUCUGUAAUGAAGCUCGGGCAUUCGCGUGCCUCAGUGCGUUCGUGCCGAAGUUCUUGCACAAGUUCUUUUUGAAGGACAAUAGUGCCGUCAUAAAGGAGUACCUUGCGAAGUUCUGGCAGAUGGCGGCCUUCCACGAGCCCCGACUCGCGACCCACCUCCACGACAUCAACUUCGUGCCGGAACUCUUCGCCAUACCUUGGUUCCUCACUAUGUUCUCGCAUGUUUUUCCGCUACACAAAAUAGUUCAUCUAUGGGACGCCUUUCUGGUCGAAGGUCCCUCGUUGCCUUUAUUUAUGGGUGUCGGAAUAUUGAGGCAAUUGCGUGACACUUUACUAGAAUCCGGAUUCAACGAAUGUAUAUUGUUGUUCUCCGAUUUACCCGAAAUCGACAUAGGAGAAUGUGUCAAGGAAGCUAUAGAUAUGUGUCGUAGCUCGCCAAGAAGCAUCAGUUACAGAAGAUUCACGAAUGACACUGUUAAAAAAGACUCUAUGGAUCAAGUAGAAAUUCCAAUGGAAGUACUGUUCGUCGAGAUCUGUCCCAGGAUAAGUCUCUCAGAUUUUUUCUCGUUGAUCUGCGAAGACAAAUGCUGCGUCGUCGAUAUAAGGUCCAAUCUCCUUUACGAGAAGAGCUGCAUAGACGGCAGUGUAAACGUGCCGUACAGUGGCGUCCAUCUCGGUCGGCAUGAGCUCCGCGCUCUCGGUCCUCAGCCCGAGCGCGCCUUGCAGCAAGCUAUCAAGAUGAAGAGGAACGUUGUAAUUGCCUCGGCUGAAGACGAGACCGCGCAAUUGUUCAGUGAUUAUUUAGUGAAAUGCGGUGUACCUAGAGUCUGCAUUCUGCACGGAGGCAUCGCCGCUCUGCAAACUCAUAUACCUUCGCUCUUCAUAACACCACCCACCGGGAACACAGGAAAAUGAAUUUAAUCAACACGAAAUUCAAACAGCCAGCUCUCUUGAAAAUAAUGAAGAAGAAGCAGUAAUGCAUUUCCACUUGAAGGGUGCGGCAGCCUUCGUAACUAUACUGAGACCUUAGAACCCGUAUCUCAAGGUGGGUGGCGGCAUUUACGUUGUAGAUGUCUAUUUUAUUACGUUUUAUUACGUACAUAGUAUUUAUGCACAUAUAUGAUGCAUUCCUCUUUGUUACAAUAAACAAUAAAAUUUAUUUAUCGCAUAACACGCAAUGUAAUACAAUUAAAAUGAACCACUAGACAUGAACCUACUAAACAUUAAAUGUAGUGUUUUUUUUUGUAUGAGGUAGUAUCCUUUUCGCAAAAUCAUUAUAUACAGGAUGUAUUUUAUCUGGAUGGUUAUCGUAUUGUGUUUUUAAUUCAGAUUGCUUACACUAUGUAAGCAAUAUUAUAAAUCAAAGAAAACGAUUUUUUGUUAUCUUCAUUAUCGGCUAUAGGUAAAACGUAUAUUAUACACGUACGUAUACAACGAGGUGUUUUUUUACACCUGCAUGCUUAUAAUGUGAUAUUAAUCUUAUUAAUUUGAAUUAGUUCAAUUUUGUAAAUAAUUUUACUAGAUAUUCAUUAAGUAUUCAAAGAUCUUUUAUAAUACAAAUUGAUAUUUAAAUGUUUUACUCUCUGUAAUUUAAUAUGAAUAAAGAUUAUCUGUGCUAA